UUCAAGCUCAAUUCAAUUUCAAUAUGCCAAAGUUGGGCGAAUGAUUAUUUUAAAAAUUUAUUGGGUAUAUAUCCGUCCCAUGUCCUAGCGAUGGGUAUGAUGAAGUCGCAAUAUUCAUGUCUUCGGCACCCUUCCUAUUCCUCUCUCCAGCAUUGCCCUCUGAGCUUCUCACUUAUAUCCUGAACCACCAUGCUCACCCCACUACGCUUAUUAUAUGUUCGUCUCGGCUAGACUUUCUAACUGCCCUUGCCGACGAUGUACACCAAGAAACUGUCCCUGCGGAGGACAUAAUUCCAGCUGAGCAAUACACGGAAAGUGGUUCGCCCGUCGAUGCGCAAGAUACUCAUGAUGUCAUUCAAGAGGAAAUCCAAAUCAAGCAACAGCAUCGGCUGCUGUCGUCUCCACUAUACCAAGUAGCUACGUCGCGGCACAUCCGCGUCAUCUACAUCCCUACAGUCACGCACUUACGCGCCUACUUAUCCGUCUUUUCUCCCGAUGAUUCUAGGAUCCCACAACCGCCAGCCAGUUUCAACCCCCCGGGAAAUUACUCGCCGCGCAUAAUCUUAUACGGGUUCCUGGAUAUCCAUCGAGACACUAGUGAAUGGAGUGCGCAGGGUCUUGGCAAUUCUGCUGCUACGUUGGUAGAACUAGGCCAUCGAUUGUCAUGGCAGACGAUUAUUAUCGAGCCCCAAAGACACAAUUCUUUAUCCUCAUUCGAGGACAUACUAAAGGAAGCUGUUCCCUUUCUAAGCGGUGGUGGCCGCAAAUUAGGCCCCGAUCCGGAGGAAGGUGGGUGGACCGGCCGGACUGUAGAAGUGGGAAGAGUUAUGAGAAGAUGGUUCCGCUUUCAGCGUGGAUUAUGGGAUACAACUUCCGAAGAGGAUAAAGAGGAAACCCAUGAUAUGAAAGCGUAAAGAAUAUGAUCUUUUGGAUGGUCAAAACGCAAAUUAUGAUCAUCAUCAUCAUAAUAAUAAUAAUAGCAAAACCUAUGUAUGGGAUGCCAGAUAUAUGCCU